AAGGGUUUUAGAUUGUCGCCGCCUCCGCCGCCGCCGUCAUUCAGCGCCACCGUCCAGUGAGCAAUGAUUCGUUACAGACAUUUGAAAAAGAGGUGCAGUACUACGGUGACAGACUGUAAGAUCAGAAAAACCCUAGUAGACUGCUUCGACAGUUCCUCAAUCAUGGCGUCGUCUCCUUGUAUUCUUCCACCUCCACAGAUGAAUACAGAUUUGGAGACGCGUAAGAAAAGAAGGCUCUUUAAAGAAGAAAAUGCUAUCUUACCUGAACGUUACAGAGAUUCAUUGCCUACAUUGAACUCUCCAGACUACUUCUUGAAGCCAUCCAUUAACGAGCUGCUCCAGCGAGAAAUCGAAAGCCCUGGCUAUUGCAGCCGUGUUCCUGAUUUCACCGUUGGGAGGAUUGGUUACGGUUUCAUCAAGUUUCUUGGAACUACAGAUGUUAGAAACUUAGAGCUAGAUCAGAUUGUUAAGUUUCAAAGGCAUGAGGUGGUUGUUUAUGAUGAUGAGAGCUCCAAGCCAGCUGUUGGCGAGGGGCUUAACAAGCCUGCUGAAGUCACUCUUAUCGUUAACUUAGCUUGUGGGGAAGAGAAGGCUGACCAUGUUUCUGAUAAAUUAAAACAGAGUGCUGAAAGACAAGGAGCAACUUUCAUCGAAUUUGAUUCUGAGAAUGGUUUAUGGAAGUUUUUGGUUCCUCAUUUCAGUAGAUUUGGAUUGAGUGAUGAUGAGGCAGAAGAUAUUGCUAUGAAUGAUGCCCCGGCGGGUUUGGAGAAUCAUGUAGGACUGAAUGGUGGUGACCUGGUGGUGGCUGGCAUUGAUGAAGACCAUCAGAUGGAGACUUCUGAGCCUGAGCUUUCUCAUUCUCUUCCGGCUCAUCUUGGACUUGAUCCUGAAAAGAUGAAAGAGAUGAGAAUGCUGAUGUUUCCUAAUGAAGAUGAUCUUGACGAAAGUGAGGAUUUAGGAGAUCAAACUUCCUUCCACAUGACAUCGUUGACUAAACGAAACGCAAGACCUUCACAGAAAAAUUCUCAAAGAAAAAUACGUCAAGUUACUCCACCGUUCGUGCGGAAAACGCCACUUGCUUUGCUGGAGUAUAACCCUGGUAAUGAUAAAAGUUCCCCAGGCAGUAUCCUGAUGGUCCAACAAAAUAAGAACCUGCCAGUCAGAAAGUCGAAAAUGGGAGGUUUCGAGCUGGACAUCAGCCAUGAGACACCAGUAACUGAUAACUAUUCCCGCAACGUUGUAGAUGCAGCCUUAUUCAUGGGAAGGUCGUUCCGAGCAGGUUGGGGCCCAAAUGGCGUCCUUCUUCACACUGGUAAUUCAAUAGGCAGUUCUAGUUCCCAGAGAGUAUUGUCUUCUGUGGUCAAUGUAGAUAAGAUAGCAAUUGAUAAAGUGGUUCGGGAUAAAAAGGAAAAAGUUCAGAAAGAACUUACUGACUCUGCAUUUGAGACUCCCUUAAGUCUCCACAAGGAAUUGGAUCAUGACGAAAAAGAAGUCAGGUUUGGCUCUUUCAGUCUUAGACUUCAGAGAGUUGUCACUGACCGCGUGGUUCUUACUGAUAUCUGCCGAAGCUAUAUUGAAAUAAUCGAGAAACAGCUGGAGUUUGAUGGGUUGUCAACCUCUGCAAAGCUCUUUUCAAAUCACCAAGUCAUGGUGUGGGAACUCAUAAAAGUUCUCUUUUCUGAGAGACAGAGUACUGAACGUUCGAAUUAUGCGGCUUCUGAUAAUGAGGAGGACAUGAUGCAAGAUGUCAUAGAAGAGUCUGCCGAAGUUGAUACAGAAGCUCUUCCACUUAUCCGAAGAGCAGAAUUCAGUUGCUGGCUCCAAGAAUGUGUCAGUCACCGUGUACAAGAAGACGUGAGUGAUCUAAAUGGUUCUGACUACCUUAAGCACUUGUUCUUUCUUCUAACUGGACGAGAGCUUGAUUCAGCUGUGGAACUUGCCAUAUCUAAGGGAGAUGUUAGACUUGCUUCUUUGUUGAGCCAGGCUGGUGGAUCAACUGUAAACCGCGAUGAUAUCAUGCAGCAGCUUCAUAUUUGGGGAAGGAAUGGGCUGGAUUUUAAGUACAUUGAGAAGGAUAGGAUCAAGCUUUACGAAUUGCUUGCUGGUAAUAUCCACGAUGCCUUACAAGAUUUUACAAUUGACUGGAAGAGAUUCCUAGGGUUGUUAAUGUGGCAUCAUCUGCCUCCCGAUAGUUCAUUGCCUGUCAUCUUCAGAAAUUAUCAGCUCCUACUAGAUCAGGGAAAAGCUCCGUGGCCAGUCCCAAUAUAUAUUGACGAAGGACCAGCAGAUGGCAUUGCAAGCAACACCAAUCAUUCUGACCUCUUGUAUUAUCUUAUGCUUCUGCACCGCGGAGAAGAGAAAGAAAUUAGUUAUCUGAAGACUAUGUUUAGUGCCUUCUCUUCAACUGACGACCCGCUUGACUAUCAUAUGAUCUGGCACCAGCGAGGAAUCUUAGAAGCAGUUGGAGCUUUCACUUCAGAUGACCUUCAUGCUCUCGAUAUGGGAUUUGUUGCACAGCUUCUCUCUCAGGGCCUUUGUCAUUGGGCUAUCUACGUUGUUCUUCACAUACCCUACCGAAAAGACCGUCCAUAUCUACACUUCAUUGUCAUUCGGGAAAUCUUGUUUCAGUUCUGUGAAACUUGGAGUUCUGCUGAAUCACAGCGUCAAUUUAUCAAGGACUUGGGUAUCCCUUCUGAAUGGAUGCACGAAGCUCUGGCAGUUUAUUACAAUUACCAUGGAGAUUUCGUAAAGGCUCUUGACCACUUUAUCGAAUGCGCAAACUGGCAAAAAGCUCAUUCCAUUUUUAUGACAUCAGUUGCUCAUUCAUUGUUUUUGUCAGCGAACCAUUCAGAAAUAUGGAGAAUUGCUACUUCAAUGGACGACCGCAAGUCUGAGAUUGAAAACUGGGACUUGGGUGCUGGGAUUUACAUGUCAUUUUAUUUACUAAAGAGUUCACUAGAAGAAGAUGCUGAUACAAUGCUAGAACUGGAUUCCCCUGAGAGCAGAAACGAGUCGUGCAGAAGUUUUGUUGGUCGUUUAAACGAGUCAUUGGCUGUUUGGGGUGAUAGAUUACCGGUUGAAGCCAGAGUCGCAUACACAAAGAUGGCAGAGGAAAUCUGCGAGUUGCUUCUGUCAGGUCUGAGUGUGUAUCCAGAUAGAGAGUCUCAGCUAAGCUGUUUUAUGACAGCCUUCAAAGCUCCUUUACCAGAAGAUGUAAGAUCAUCACAUCUGCAAGAUGCUGUCUCUCUCUUCUCCCUAUAUCUUUCAGAGACAGGCCACCAAACAUCAGCUUAG